AUGAGUGGUUUACGCAAUACUAUGAAGGGUGGCUGGCACCCUGAAGGCAAGGAAGGUGGAAAGGAGAGCUGGCGUGGUGAUUUUAAAGGCAUCAAUCAAGUGGCUGGGUGGAUGGGAAAGGGCAAGGAAAGUGAAUCCUCUGGCUCUCGCUCUGGCUCUGGGCAAGCGUCCGAAUCACAGGGGGGUAUCAGAAGCUCAGUGUCUGGAUGGAUGGGAAAGGGCAAGGAGGGCGAAUCCUCCGGUUCUGGCUCUGGACAUGGCUCCUCGUCACAGGGGGGAAUCAGGGGCCAAGUGGCAGGAUGGAUGGGAAAGGGUAAUGAAUCCAACUCCAACCGCUCUGACCAUGUCUCGCAACCAUUGUCAUCCCUCAAAGAUCCAUCUUCCUUUGGACCCCCUCCCAAACAUAUCAAUUACCAUGGAGCAGCCGCGGUGCCAAAUCAGGCAACCCCCGACCGCCGGGGUUUAGGGGCUCCGCUGUCCCAGGAUCAGAGUUCCCACCGACAGCAAGUAGCCGAAGCAGAGGAGGAACAGUUCCAAAAGCCCGCCCCACCUCCGGUCCCGUAUCGCGUCGACACAAGCGGCCUGUCUACAGAUCAUCUCCCUCCACCACCAGUGCGGCGACUAGACUCAGCAAGUUCUGCCUCAACAAGCCCGAUCUCAAAGUCAAAGCCGCCAAAGCCCCCGCCACGACUUCCUGCCCGCAAUGGAUCCCCCAGCUCCGAUCCGCCCCCCGCGUAUUCCACCGCACCGGUACUCUCCCAUGAUUAUAUCAAUCAAGAUGCUACUUCCCGCCUAGCAAACGCUGGCAUCUCGGUUCCUGGAUUAGGGAUUGGUCAGGAGAAAUCUUCGUCGCCUGCACAUACACCUGUCAAUGAGCUGCAGUCACGCUUCUCCCAGAUGAAUACCUCGGCAUCUCCAUCUACACCCACCCCGCCUGUUCCGGCCUCGACGAACGCGAGCACGUCUUCUCUCCACAACUUCCGCGAGCGUCAUGCAGAUACCAUCAACUCGGGGAAACAGAAGUAUGGUGAUUUCCGCGAGCGACACGCAGAUACCAUCGAUUCGGGAAAGCAGAAAUACGGUGAUUUCCGUGAGCGUCAUGCGGACUCAAUCGACUCAGGCAAACAGAAGUUAAGUGGCUACGCGUCGCGGUUCACUGGCUCUUCUCCAGCAGCGUCCUCCCCAGCAGCGCCUAGCCCACCGGCCCGGGCCGCGUCGGAUACUUCCAGUAUGAACUUGGAACCGGCGGAGCCCGCACGGGGCACAUCCUCUGUGCAAGAUUUCCGUGAACGCCAUGCGGACAAGAUCGAGAUGGGCAAAGAGAAGUGGGGUGGAGCCAGAUCGCGUUUUAACACAUUUGUGGAGGACCGCAAGUUCUCCGCGGAAGCUAAUAAACGGAUCCCACGCCCACCCCCGCCUUCUCGUCCUAUCUCCAUGGGUCAGUCGAACUCUCCAGCGGUGUCACCCGCAGAUCCCGAUAUUCAGACUCAAGCCCAACGCAAGAAGGCCCCGCCGCCACCUCCGCCCAAGCGAGCUGAAUUUCAUGCGUCCCCUGUUGACGCUUCGUCACCAUCACUUCCGGGACCACCUCCCGUUCCCCAUAGCACCAAGCCCCGCUAA